GUAACCAGUCUGACAACAAAGCUAAGGACGCCAUAUCUGUUUGCAAAACUCUUAUAUAUCAUCGUAAUUUACAUGGGAAAAAACGACUUUUGCUGUGCUCCAAGCUGCUCAAAUAAUCGGAAAAGAAACCCAAAUCUCAAGUUUUACAGAAUUCCGAAAGAAUCUAAGCGAAGAAAUGCUUGGUUAAAUAGAAUUCGCCGACAAGAUUUUUCACCAACAGACAACACUCGAUUGUGCUCAGCUCACUUCGUCGGAGGAGAAAAGUCCGAUGAUCCUGCACAUUCGGCUUACAAUCCAUCCAUAUUUGAGUUCAAGAAGGAAAUUGAAAGUCGAAAGACCAGAACAAGUCAAAAAACAAACAAAGAUGACUUCGUUGCAAUUGAAACUCUAAAACCAAAGCGCAAACGAGUCAGUGUAUCGGGGGAAAGUAGGGGUCGCCCAAGAAAAUCAUUCAAAUCUGUUGAUGAUCAUGAAAUAUGGGGAGCUUGUUUACCAAUAGAACACCCAUUGAAAGAGCAUGACUACUGCAAGUCGCAGGUGGAUCCCAAGUCAAGAGAAUUAAGCGAUGACAUUUUGCAAGAGCUCACUUCUUUGCAGAGCAAAGUGAGCGAACUUGAGCACGAAAAUCAAAAGCUACGUGCAAAAUGUCUUUUAUUGGAUCAAAUUAAGCUAGACAAUGACAAAUUUCAUUUUUGGACUAGUCUCCCUAACUAUGACACCUUCAAAGCAUUAUUUAACUAUUUAAAUGCUGUUGGUGUAGACAAAAAAAAAAUGUUGGAGAGGAUCUGAAAUGGCUUUACGUGACUGUCAGUUAGGAAACAAACCAGGGCCAUCAUCCAAGCUGCCAUUGGAGGAGGAGUUGUUCAUGGUCGCUGUUAGAUUAAGAGUAGGACUUACACUGCCAGAUCUGGCAUUGAGAUUUGGAAUCAGUGAAGCAAGUGUCAGCAAAAAUUUUUCUGCAUGGAUUAAUCUGCUGUAUUUCCACUUAAAAGAUCUCUGCCAAAUGCCUGACUAUGAGGAAUGUGGAAAGGCAAAUCAGUUCUCAUCAUUCCCUGACCUCAAAGUUAUUGUGGAUUGCACUGAAAUCUUUACCCAGAAACCCUCCUCAUUAAAGGCCUGCAAAGAAGUAUACUCAAAUUACAAGAGUCAUACAACCUUUAAGUUUCUAGUGGCAAUAAAUGCACAUGGAGCAAUUGUUUAUGUGUCUCGAGCAUGGGGAGGCAGGACAUCAGACAAACACAUCACAGCAAGCAGUGCAGAAUUUAUUGCUACCCUAAAGGCAGGGGAUGAAUUAAUGGCUGACAGAGGAUUUGAUAUCAAUGAAGCAAUGGAAGAAAAAGGAGUGAAGGUUACUAUUCCAGAUUUUAAAGGAACAGGCAGAUCACAACUAAAAAAACACGAGGGAAAGCGCUCAGAGAAGAUUGCAGAGGCAAGAAUACACGUUGAGAGAGCUAUCCAACGAAUCAAAACUUUUCAGAUCCUGUGUAAACCAAUUCCACUCUCAAUGGCUCAUUUAGCUGAACAAAUUUUUACUGUGUGUGCAUAUCUGGUUAACUUUCAAGCACCUAUCUUAAGACAGUAAGAGGAAAGUACCUGAUUCAUUACAAACAAUAUCUGUAUACAAAACGGGCAGUUUUUCAGCUGUAAUUUGAACAUUAACAUUUUUCAAAUUUAAGGAACAAUCUCUGGCUAAAAUGACGAAGACUUCAAAUUUCAACCCUGUUUCAUCCUGGCUGUGGCCCCUCAAUAUUUUCACAAUUAACAUUUUUAUAAUCAACAUAUUUUGAUAGUCGAUAUGAUUACUCAAAAAGUAAUCCAAUCAUUUGAUUAGAUUUUUUCUGGAAAUUUAAACCCAAUGAGGUCAAAAAUUAAGACAACAUCUAUUGUUGUUAUACAAAAGCAAUCCUAUUAUCUUAACACUAAUGUAAGCAGAUACUGUGACAGUCUU